AAAGCGAAUAGAUUUAUUUAUAUAUAUAUAUAAUUGUUGAUACCCUGUAAUUACAAUUAAGUAUAACUGAUAUAGGCUUGUCAUUAUUUCAGACAGAAAACUCUUGAAUCCACAAAUACAUAAAUCGAUUUACCAUGUGUUAUUGUUACUACUAUAAUAGUGCAAUCAAUUACCUACAAUAAUGACUGGACUAUAUACAUAUAUUACGUUAAUGUAUAUUGAUAUAAGCUUAACAUCCCUAAUAAAGUAAGAAAGAAAAUAUAACAGUUCAGUCGUCUUUUUUAUUGAUCUUAUUUAGAAUAAAACGGAAGUUUGAUCGAUACUACUUUAUGUCAUAGUAUUGUCACAGAUAUGGUGAAAAGUGGGUAUGCUUCGUAAUUUGAAUAUGUGCGAUGAUUAAUGUUUUUUUUACUACAGUUACAGAAGAACUGGUUCGAAAAAAGUCUGAGCACAAUGAGUGCGUUAUUGGUACGCUCGAAGAGCUGUCGUUGCAUCAAGAGGACGUCGAAAAGAUAGAGUAUCUACACAAUUGGUGUAAAGGUCUUCAGAUUCUAUAUUUGCAAUCAAAUUUGAUUUCUAAAAUAGAAAAUUUGAACAAAUUGAAGCAACUGGAGUAUCUAAAUUUGGCAAUAAACAAUAUUGAGAAAAUCGAAAACUUGGAGAGGUGCGAAUCACUGCAAAAGUUGGAUUUAACUUUGAAUUUUAUUGGAGAACUGGAGAGCGUACGCAAUCUGAUACCAAACAUCCAUCUGAGACAACUGUACUUAACGGGUAAUCCGUGCACCGAGUACGAAGGCUACAGGGAUUACGUUAUUGCGAUAUUGGAGCAGAUCGAAACCUUAGACAACGUAUCAAUUACUAGAAGUGAACGAAUCAAGGCGAAGCAGAAACUAAGAGAAUCAGAAAAAACUAUCAGACGAGCGCAAAAAGAGUACGAGAAAUUUCGAGAGGAGCAAAAGGCCAGAUUGUCCAUCGUCGACGAUACUAUUGAUGAUGAAUCAUUUUGGAAAUCGACGUCGGAACAUGCACCGGAAACGCGAUUGGAAAUCUCUCGAAGAUCUCGAUUAGCUAGAGGAAAGGAUAAGAAAGAGGAAGUGGGCGAAACAAAAGCAAUUUCUGUUUUCAAUAGAGAUGGUCGCCCUUUGAAUAUGAAUCAGGCUAAAGUUCAAUUUAAAUUUGACGAUAGCGAUUCCGAAUCUUACACUUUGGAUAUUUCUGUUUAUAAAUUUCUGGAUACGAGUUAUAUUGAUGUUGAUCUUCAGCCUAUAUUCGUUAAAAUUACUAUAAAAGGUAAAAUCUUUCAAUACGUCUUUCCUGAAGAAAUUAUCACCAAUAAGAGUAAGGUACAGAGGUCGCAAACUACGGGACAUCUGUUGCUAACUAUGCCUAAGCUCAAUUAUAAAUCGAAUAUAAUUAAAUCGAAAGCUUUGCCGAAACCUAGACUUGAAAAAAAUAGGUGAGUCCAAAUUACUAUCUG